AUGGUUGAAAUAAAAGAAGCAAAGUCUCCCUUCCUUUUACCAUUAUAUAAAGUAUAUGAAAGCAACAAUAUUUUUUUGUGUUACGGGAAUAUCAUAACAGGGCCUAAUAUAUUUUUUCUUAUUUUUACAUAUAUAAUUAUAAUUAUUACUGUUUUACCUAUCUACAUAAUUGUAUAUUCUCAAAUAGAAAGUUCUAUUUUAUACUUUCUUACUAUUUUUAUAUUAACGAUAUUUUUUAUUUUAGUUUUGUACUUUUUAACAAUAACGGCAUUUUGUGACCCUGGAAUAAUCCCGAAAAAAAAUUAUGUUGAUUUGUCUAUACCGAAAGGGAGAACUGCAUUUACUACUGUAAAUAUAAAUGGUACCAUUAUAAAACGUUAUUGGUGUGUUCACUGUAAUCACUUUAAAGAACCAAGAUCGAAACAUUGUUAUGUAUGUAAUAAUUGUGUUACUAAAUUUGAUCAUCAUUGUGUAUGGAUAGGUAAUUGUGUAGGAAAUAGGAAUUAUAGGAGAUUUGUUUUUUUCAUAUUAAAUUUAUCUAUUCUUUCUACAUUAAUAUGUUUUAUUUUUAUUGGAUUCUUUAUUAGUCUGUGUAUAAAAGAAUAUGAUUCUUUAAAUUUUCAGUCGGUUUAUUAUAUAACAGUGGAACACCUACACAUUGCCUUGUAUAUUAUUUAUACAUUACCUGCGUCCAUCUUAUUAAUAAACUUAUUUUUUUAUCAUUUAAAAAUGAUAUUAUGUAAUAAAACUACAUACGAAGAUAUUCAAGGUUUAUAUUCAAACAAUAAUCCUUUUGAUGAAGGGAAGGUUCUAAAUUUAAAAAAAUUUUUGUUUACCCCUAUUAAUAAAAUGCAAGUGGACUGGAAAGAAAUUGUGAAAAAAAACGAAAAUCUUAUAAGAAACAAAAACAAAAGAAAAUGCCAACAAAGUACUUUUGGCAUAUAUUUUUUUAAAAAAUUAAGAAAUUAUAUAUAA